AUGCCGCCGUCCCGGGCGACGCCGCGCGCGGCGGCCGACUACAUCCCCGUGCACUUGCGGCCCUUCGUCUUCCACUCGCAGGACGAUUUCUACGUCUCGCGCCACUUCGAUCCGCUGCUUCUGAGCCACCUCAUGUACGCAGGCUUCCUGCCCAUCGCCUCGGACGUCCGGGAGACGUGUUUUCUACUGCCGAAACUCCAUAAACAGCGCUGUGUCUUGCUUUUCCAGCCAGAACUGCCCGAGCACGUACCCAAGAGCAUGGUGAAGAAAGCCAAGAAGUAUAAAUUCGUACUUAAUCGGAACUUCCACGCGGUUGUCGCUGGUUGUCACGAGAAGCACGGGAUCCCGUGGCUUUAUCCGCCGCUGGUCAAGAGCUUUGAGACGUUAUUUGAUGCUGGAGAGCACCGUGUGGAGUCGUGUCCUGGACCAAAUGUCCGGCUGGUUACAGUGGAGAUUUACGAUGUUGCCACGGAGACGCUCGUGGCUGGUGAACUUGGCUACACUGUGGGCAGUGUCUACACGAGCUUGACGGGCUUUAGCAGAGCCAAUGGAGCAGGCACGGUGCAGCUGCAUGCACUGAGCAAGUUCUUGUACUUGGCUGGGUUCAAGAUGUGGGAUCUGGGCAUGUCGAUGGACUACAAGAUGAGUCUGGGAGCCAAGGACGUGGAACGCGAUGAUUUCCUGGAUGAGCUGUACAAGUGGCGGGAUCAACAAGUGGAGAUGACGUUGGACGAGAGUAGAGAAGAAGGCGACGUUCGGGUGGGUGUGGUGGUGAAGACUCUUUUUGAUAUAUCGAGACCUCGGACAGAGACGAUGGACGAGUGGAGCAAGAAAGGAACACAUGCAUUGCGGGAUCAGAACUUGGUGGAGGCGGUAGCUAGUGGAGAAAAGGACAAGAGUGAUGAUGACAGAUCACGUGCGAGGGGGAAGGAGGACGCAAUGCAUGUGAAACGAGAGGUGUAUGGUGAGAAACGUAAAGCAGCGUCGGAUGACGGGCAGCGGGGUGAAGAGAAGAGGGGCAAGAUGUAG